AUGACGCAAGAGCCAAAAACUGCAGAGCUGGGUCAAGGACUACCGCCAACCGAUAUACAUGCUGUGAGCGUGUCCCUUCCGAAAUGGCGAGAUGCCACGGGUUGGGCGACCAAAGAUCCCCAGGUCCUUGCACAUUUGAAGACGGGAUACCCAAGAUUCUAUAUUCAUCCAUUCAUCGAAAGACUCGCUACAUUGCUGCUGCAAUUAUUGAUGAAGAGUAAGUCAGUGGCGAGCUCAGUCGGAGAGAUAUAUGGGGAAGAGUCGACAGCGGCAGCUGCCGCUAUGCUAUUUCCACACGCAAGUUUGGGCACCUCUUGUCGCGAUUACUUGCAGCGGGCUGAGUCAAAUCCUUCAAAUAAGCUUGCAAUCUUUGCUUUUCAAGUGGACUUUGCUGGUGAAGUGCAAAAUAUCCAUUUGAGAGUUGCCAAGUCAACUUCAGGGGCAUUCCAGAGCCUCUGUAUCGUAGUGUUCCCACAUGAUCUGUCCAAGGAAGCCAAGAUGUUCUGGCAACACACCGGCUUUGGAGUUACGAGCCGGCAUGCUCUUUAUUGGUUGGAACGGGCGCCUUGUCUUGGUGAAGUGGUGGCAAGCAUCCGUCAAGACGGCAAGUUGCCGCUCGACGAUGCAAAACAAGCCGCAACCAAGAUCAAGAAUCGAAUAUCUGAAUUGCUAUCUUCAGAGAGAAGCACGGUUGAGACACAGGAUGUGUUUUUAUAUCCAAGUGGCAUGUCCGCAAUAGCCCACUCUGCGUCUGCUCUUCAAGAGUUGUAUAAAGGCUCAUCCGACUCAAUUCGAGUUGCUGUUUUUGGCUUCCUAUACGUAGACACGUUCAAGGUUCUCAGCAAAGUCAAACAAAUCGAGUGUGUCCUCUACGGACAUGCGUCCCCUGCAGACAUGGACCAGUUGGAGCACGACCUCCAGGACGGUAUGGAAAUACAUGCCUUAUAUACCGAAUUCCCAGGAAACCCUCUCCUCGGCUCACUCAACCUCGAACGUCUCUAUAAGCUCUCACAGAGAUUCAACUUCCACGUCAUCGUGGACGACACUGUCGGUACAGCAGUCAACCUAGACCUCGCCGCCUUUUGCGACGUACUCUGCACAAGCCUUACCAAAAUGUUCAGUGGUGCCUGCAACGUCAUGGGCGGCAGCUUGACCAUCUGCCCAAACUCCAAGUCCAAACGUGCCCUACACAGCACCUUGACAAGCCAAUAUAGUGACACAUACUUUCCUCUCGACUUGCUUGUCAUGGCCCAAAACAGCAAGGACUUUGCGGAGCGGGUUCACAUUGCUAAUGGAAACGCCGAGGCGAUAGCCGCCAAGUUGAGAGACCACCCGGUUGUAGACAGAGUAUUCUAUCCCAGGGGCAGCGCAACGCAACAUUUGUACGAUGGUUACCGACGUAGACGACCACGAGCCAGGGAAGACGAGGACGGACAGGACCAGGCACAAGCAGGAUAUGGCUAUCUGCUUUCAAUCCGAUUCGUCCAGGAUUCAGCCGCCAUGGCCUUUCACGAUGCACUGGACGUGGCCAAGGGACCAAGCCUUGGCACCAACUUUACGUUGUGUUGUCCGUACACGGUACUUGCGCAUGCGUCGGAGCUGGCAUGGGCAUCAGAGUUUGGCGUUGUCGAGCAUUUGGUUCGUUUGAGUGUGGGAAUUGAGAGGAGAGGAGAGUUGGAGGGGGCUGUGGAUAGGGCAUUGGAGGUGGCUGCAAAGGCGGCACAAGCAGAGUAG